AUGCCAGCAAGCACUCAGUACGAAGUCUUGCUCGACUUCACUAACGAUACGCACGAUUGUGCGUCUGUGCAACUGCUGAGGUCCUAUGGCCGAAAUACAGACGCGAUUGUCCUCCUCCACCCCGGCGAAAGUGUCACACUUGUCCUUGAUGCAGGUUGGUUCCUCAUCAGUACGACAGAGGAUCGUCUAAUUACCGUUCCUCCAGGUUCUGUCUACCAAUACGCCUUGAAAACUCGCUCGAAGGUUGCAAAUGUGACCGCGCGGACAUGGAGAGAUGUAACAUGCGCAGUCUCCCAGCUAUUCCCAAGCGGAUCGCAUACAAUGGCGUAUGCGUCGUCAGAUCCAUGGCGGCCUGUACACGGCAUCACUGUUGACCGUCUGUGGCGAGACAUGCGUUUCUGUAUAUGGAACGACUCGUAG